AUGGCUAUGAACAUGGAAACGUCAUUAUACGAGGCUAUUCGCAACGAGGUAUCUUUGGAUAAAAUUUCAAACUUAAUUAAGCAAGGUGUUGAUUGCAAUUUAUCACAUUUUGAUUCAUACAAUUUCAAGUUUAUUUCACCGAUUAAGUUGGCUGCUGAAACAAGUGUUUAUAAAUAUGGUUCACUACGUCUUCUUUAUAAAAAUCGUAAUAGUCCAACGAAAAUGCAAAUUGAAAAACAUUUAGCAUUCUAUUUCAAUUCUUAUGACUCAUCAAAUAACGAAAAAAAUGAUUUAUUUUUUGAAUUCACUAUUUCUCGACUUCUUCAUACACGUAUUAGCCAAUAUACAUCUGAAGAAAUGGAUGUUAUUAAUGUAGCCCUUUGGAAUUACGAUAAAGUAUUAUUACAUGGACGAAAAUUAAAUAUUGGAUUGACGUAUAAUAAAUUUCUUAAAGUACGUAUCUAUACGUUAUUUCAAUGGCUAGCCAAGAUGAGAGCCGAUACUUCAUCGACACAUAAUUCUACAGAAUAUGCCAUUAUUGAAAAUGAAUUGUUACAUCAUUUAGAAGCCUAUUAUCUUCUAUAUGAUAUUCAACAUAUUCCUAUAGAAUUUACUAAAGAUAUGAUGCAAUCAAAGUUGAAUAAGGAGAAAUCAUUUAGACUUCUUGUAUUGGAAUGCUACAGAGACAUUGCAGAAAAUAUCAUCAGGAAAAUCAAAGAACUGCAACCAAAAGAAGAAUAUAUAAUUCCAACUGGUUGGGAUGGUCAUGCCGUUUGUAUUACAUUUAGACGAAUCGAUCAGACUCGUAUCAGUAUUCGUGUUGAUAAUCCUAGUCGGUUAAAUCCACCAAAUAUGCACGAAACUGAACUCAUUGCAUCAAAUGUCCAUCGAAUUCGAUCGAAAAUGUUGGGUGUAUUAGAUAUUGCAAAUUUAAAUAAAAAUAUCAAUUAUUUUAUGUUACUGGUCGAUAGUAUAAAACAAAAUUUAGAUGAAGAGACAGGUAUUCGACUUCUUUAUAAUUUUGAUCACAAGAUAAAGGGUCUCGAACAAAACAAUGAUGAAGAAGUACCGACCAUUGUUGAACAAGCGUCUACCAAUUGUGUAGUGAAAUGUUUCGAACCAGGUUUACGAAUACGUUGUGGUCAAAAAUACGAACGGCUUUGUGAAACACUACUUAAACAAGAAAAAAAUACAGUCAUUGAAUUGAUGGAUAAGUGUAAAAACUACUGUAAAAAUCCUGUUAAUGAUUUUCCGGAUCGAUUUGUUCUGUUUAGAAAAAUAGAUAAGAUGAAUAUUUUGCCGGUUGCACCUAAUUUUUCUCUUCAUGAGAAAUUAAAGUCGAGCUAUAAACAACAUUACCAAUAUAUUUCAAAUAUGAUUAAUGAACAAUCUUCACAUGGAUUAGAAGAAACAUUCAUUGAUCUAAAUUUUAAAGAACAAGAAAGAUUCAUUCGAUUUGAAGAUCUCUUUAGUAAACCUCGUAUUCUUAUACUUGGAGAAGCAGGUUCUGGCAAGACGACAAUAUGUCAGCAUGCAGCCUAUUCUUGGGCUUGUGGAACUUUAUGGCAAAAUCGGUUCGAAUGGUUAUUCUACAUUAAAAUGCGCAAUUUAAAUGAAAAUAUCUAUCCAUCAAGACAAGAAAAGUAUGUAUUAAUAGAUAUUAUUAUCAAUGAAUGUUUCAAAGAAUCCACAUUUAUCGAAAUUGAUCGACGCAAAUUAGAAUUUCAAAUUGCACAUUCAUCAAAGAUUCUUUGGAUUCUAGAUGGAUGUGAUGAACGAAUUAUUCCAUCUCAUUUAAUUACUAUCGAACGACAAUUAUUAAGUAAGCCAAAUCUUCUUCUAACAUCAAGACCAUAUGGAACACAUAGUUGUCAUUAUGAUAUGAAAGUCAAUGUACAAGGUUUUACAGAUGAUGAUAUUAAAGCUUACACCGAAAAAUAUUUUUCUUAUCUUAAGCGUACUACUGCUAAAAACUAUCACGAGUUCGUAUUGAAUUCACCUCAAUUACAGAAAGUAGCACACAUUCCUGUAUGUCUUCAAUUGAUUUGUAUUUUAUGGGACAGUAAUCAGACAAGAGGAUUAAAUAUUAUAAAAAAAGCAGGACAACUCUAUGAGAAAAUGUGUGAAUAUCUUUUACGAAGAUAUCUACUGAAAUUUCAUGGUUUAUGUACAUCUGCUUUAGCAAGUAAAGAUGUCUUUGAACAUUCAAGUGCAAAACCAUAUAGAAUUUUAGAGUAUUUAGCUUUCAUAGCUGCACAAUCAAACACAUUUGCUAUUAGUGGGGAACAAAUUUCGAAUAUAACAGACCAAUUAUUUAUGGAUGUACUUCAAAGUGGUCUGCUCAAACAGAAAUCAAAAGACCAUUCUCCUGUACUUGUUGAGAACGUCUACUAUUUUAUUCAUCGUAGUUUUCAAGAAUAUCUUUGUGCUCGUUAUAUGAGACGCGAAUUAACAUCGACCUGUGUAGAAAAACAAAAGGAAGUAAUUAGAUUUCUUGCUGAUCACAAAUAUUUUCGUCGGAUGCGACAAACAUUUCAAUUCUUCUUUGAUUUGGAUCGAUCCGACGCAUGCAUGAAAGAAUUUUGGUCUGCUAUUGAUCGCGAACCACGUGAUUUAAUUGGACUUCGUCAUUUUUCUCGUAUGAUGCAAUAUUUUCUUGACGGAACUUGUGUACUUGAAACUGAGGAUAAGACGAACAUUCAUAGGAGAACUAUUGAUGUUAUCAAAAGAUGGAUAUUGAACAAAGAUCGUCGACCUCAUGAUUCUGCUAAUUUUUAUCUAGUCGAAUGGUCGAUUGACGUGAUUAGUGAGCAGAUUUGGCUGGAUGCAUUCAAAGAAGAUCUCUUUAUUGAGAUUCCAUCAAAACGACGUUAUUUCAUGCCUGAAUUAUGGUCAGAAAGAAAUAUUCAUGAACUUAGAAAUAUCUAUGGACAAAUUCCAAAAGAUGUAUACAAAAUAUAUGCUUUGAUUAAGAAUGGACCUAUUGAGCGUGUUCUUAGAUCUUUACAAAUCGAUACCAAUACAUUUCCACCACCGAUUUUCCCAAAGCAGAAAAACAUACCGAAAUGGUUACAGGAAGUCCAUAACAAAGCGAAAGGAAACGAAGCAAUUAUGACAUUAGAAGAAUUUCAGACAAUUUUACAUAAUUAUUCAUCCUAUGCUGAAUUGAAUCGUCGAGCAACGAUACUUGAUAUACAUACAUGGCCACUUAAGAUCGAUCCAUCUGCUCUAACCGAUAUUAGUCAAGAAACAUUAAAACUUAUUUUGCAAUUAUCUCAAGAGAAUGCAUUAUUUUAUCGUGAUUUCAAUUUACCAAUUAUUUCUUUUCUUGAACUCUAUAAAAAUUCAGAUGAUCAUAAUGAAACUCUUUGUUCACUCAUUGUAUCGAUUGCACUUAACAGUACUUGUAUUGUCACAGCAUCACCUGAACGACAAACUUCAGUCCGUGUUAUCGAGCACGAGGAUUUUGUCGAUAUCGACCUGGAUCUUAUCCGUCGAUCAAAAUUACUAUUAGAAUUCUAUAAUAUUCGACAGAUUUAUGGAUAUUCAUAUGAUUGUUAG